AUGAGACCAGGAAGUUUAGCAACGACAAUACAAUAUGUACAAGAAGAACGCAGUGUACGAUAUCUUCAAAAAAAUCAGAUAACUCCACCCACAACAUCAGAAACGAAAAUUACCAAGAACAUCGAUCGCAAAAAUACGAAAUUAGAUGUUCUAAAACAAAGAGCAGCAAGAUUUGGAGUGUCUGUAUCGUCUGCGAUGUCAAAUUUAGAAAAUAAGGAAAAAUUAGAAAAAAGGAAGCAACGGUUUGGUUCCGACACAGAAGGAAAAUCUUCCAAUGGUGUAUCCGACAGUGAAAAGGCGAAACUUCGUUUAGAACGGUUUAAAGAACCAGUGAAAUAAUUUUUUUAUUUUGUUAUAUUGGUUUAUAAUAAAUUAGGUUUAGAUAACACUCAUUGAAGAAUUCACUAGUAUUUACAAAUUAAAAAUGUUCUAAAAUAUAAAAUGAUAGGAUGAAAUAUUUCCAUACCAACCUCUAAGGAAAUAUAAAUAUUCCUUAAAAUAUUUUUGUUACAUUUAUUUUAUUCUAAUAUUUUCGACCUUUUUUUUAUUAAAGUACCGACAGGUCCUUCUUGAAAUCGUAUCAUUUUUUAUCUCUUUAUCUGUAUGUAUAUCUGUGCGAUAACUUUUAAAGGAAGAUCGUAUAGUCUUGAAACUCAAUACAUAGAUUCAUCUUGGUCCAAAGAUGAAUUCUUGGACUUAUUUAAUUUCUGAUCAAUAGAUCAAAGAUGGUUAAAGUUAAAGUAGCUUAGGAAAGAGAGUGUAGUCUUCAAAGUGGAUUAAGACAUAGAAAAUCUUGUCGGGUCCUUCGAUAUUAGUAUCGAUUUAUGUGGUGUUAUUAUCAGUUUGAAAAGUAAUUAUGACUUUAAAAGCUGUAAACUUCCGAAUGUUAUAGUGAUCACAGAAGUAAAAAUGCAGUUCCACCCUGAUUAUUAGAAGGGGCAUAUGUAUAUGCAUAUUUAUGCGUUCUUUUUUUUAACUUUUUUAUCUUUCUUUUUUAUGUAGUAGCAUUAGUUCUAAGAAAGUACUGACACACUGGUACAAUACAUAUAUUCAUGGUGAGAUUAUGCCUUUUAAACUAUAACAGAAAAUAUAUACCAGUCUGACACCCAAUCGCUACUAGUUUCUGUACAUUGAUUGGGCCUCUUCCAUGUCUCUCUUGCAUUUUCUCUUGAUUCCAAUCUAGCCUUUUCUUGAUCUUGAUUUUUUUUAUUCAUUAAGUUUCCAAAUUAGGAUUUCUUUAGGUAUUCUUUCCUCUGGCAUUCUUUGGACAUGGCCGUAAAUAUUAGUUAUUUUGGUUUAAUGUCUAUUGUGGUAUGUUUGACUACAAUGAAUUCCCGUAUAUGCUCUUUAUAUAUCUUUCUUGUCUCUAUCUUCCAGCGGACCUAUUUCAGAAAUUCUUAAGACGCCUUUCUGAUUUCUCUUUUAGUGGCUUCAGUUGGAUUAUUGUAUAUGUUAUAAUAACUAUUAUACUGGUCUAUCUCUUUUCUCUUUUAUCUUCGUUUUAUUCCUACGAAAUUCUGUCAGAAACGUCAGUGCGACUAUACUGUGUCAAGAGUAUAAUCAUUCAUCCUCUGGAUACAAUGGUGUUCACCUCGGGAUCGUACAGCGUUGUAGCCGCAUCAUAAAUCUAACCGUGUGAUGGAUCAGCUGUGGUGUGGCUGGGCAUAGUGUAGAUUUCUACAUGUGUAUUUUGUUUACGGUAGUCCGGAGCUACUUAGCGGCGUAGGUAGCUCAGAGAUGAGUGUAUCCGCUUUUGGCACUGAAUGAUGUGGAUUCAAUCCCCAUUACAAAAAUAAAAAAAUAUUACUUAGAUCGCCACUUUAAACGCAUUUAACAAACCACAAAGUCGUAACCUAUCUAAUCUAUCUAUUGUAUAUCUGUUUGUACUUAACGAUACACAACACAGGUAUGUGCAGAGGAUUUAUGUACGUUCAAACGAGAUGUGUAUUUUAUGUUUGUGUAUAUGUGUGUAUCUCUGAGUGUGUAUGUGUGUCGCGUUCAAUUGGUAAAUCUGCAGUUAUUGAUAGAGCUGAAGCUUCUAUGUUAUGUUCACAAGUGAUCCGUGGGUUUUUAUUUGUUUAUAUUGUAUUCAAAUCUGUUCUCCAAAUCGAUAGGACAUUUCCUAUUACCGAUUUGGACGUGUCUUGUCAGGGAUGAGAACUUCUCCAUCCAGUGUAUCCUGCGCGGAAUAUUUGAGAGCUCCUACUCAAUUUAGUGUUUUGAAAUAUUUUGGCUCCAAAGUGUCUUAUUCAGAAUGUUAUUGUUUUUUUUUCGAAAUACAUUUUUUUGCAAUUGCUUUAUCGAGUGUACAUAUCUCUUGACAAUUUAUAAAACUAUUGUUAUUUUGUUAUAUUUAAAGUAUUAUUAUAUCUUUUUUUUUGUCUUUUUAAGUUUAACUUAAUACCAAUAAAACAGCAGGACAACAUGGAUGAAUAUCUAUACCGACUUCUA